AAGAUCCAUUUGCUCCUUUGCUUUGUCAUGUGACAUACAAAGCAAAGGGAAGAGCCACUUCCCAGCCAGUUAGCUUUGGCAGAGUUUAUUGGCCUUCUCGCCAGAAGCUCCGCCUGCCACCCCCUCUGCUCUCCUCUCCCCCCUCGUUGGUGGGCUAAACCCAUAAAAGUGUGUGCGUGUGUUUGUCCGAGUGUGUGUGCAUGCUGACUGCUAAACACCAGCGAGCGUCGACAUGGCUGGCUGCUCAGGAUGUGGACCGGGAUACGCGAGCCCGCUCAACGCCAUGAAGGGCGAUCGCGAGAAGAUUGUGUAUCUUCCGUGCAUCUACCGCAACACGGCCACCUGCCAGGCGGACUACUUGGCCACCGUGGACGUGGACCCGGACUCUUCGUCCUACUGCCAGGUGGUGCACCGCCUUCCCAUGCCCAACGUCAACGAUGAGCUCCACCACAGCGGCUGGAAUGCGUGCAGCAGCUGCUUCGGCGACGCCUCCAAGAAGCGCAACCGCCUCAUCCUGCCUGCUCUCAUCUCCUCUCGGAUCUAUGUGGUGGACGUCGGCGCCGACCCCCGAAAGCCCAGACUCCACAAGAUCGUGGAGCCUGUGGAUCUGUACUGGAAAUGCGGCCUGGCCAACCCCCACACCAGCCACUGUCUGGGCAGUGGUCAGAUCCUGAUCAGUUGCAUGGGGGACCCCUCCGGGGGCGGCAAAGGUGGCUUUGUGCUGCUGGAUGCUGAGACCUUUGAGGUGAUUGGCAACUGGGAGCAUCCUGGCGAGGCGGCCCCCUUCGGCUACGACUUUUGGUACCAGCCUCGCCACAACGUGAUGAUAAGCAGUGAGUGGGGAGCCCCCAAAAUCCUUGCAGAGGGUUUUAAUCCUGCUCAUGUCGCAGAAGGCCAUUAUGGUACUUCCCUCCACGUGUGGGAUUGGAGCACCCAUAAGAGGGUGCAGACACUGGAUCUGGGAGAAGAGGGUGCCAUUCCUCUUGAGGUCCGGUUUCUCCAUGACCCAGAUGCCACAGAAGGUUUUGUGGGCUGUGCCCUAAGGGGGAACGUGUUCCGGUUUUACAGAGAACCAACAGGAAAGUGGGCUGCAGAGAAGGCCAUAGGUGUUCCCAGUAAGAAAGUCGAAGGAUGGAUUCUGCCUGACAUGCCAGGCCUGAUCACUGACAUCCUGAUCUCUUUGGAUGACCGCUUCCUUUACUUCAGCAAUUGGCUACAUGGUGACGUCAGACAGUACGACAUCAGCGACACCAGGAACCCUCGACUGGUUGGACAGGUGUUUUUGGGAGGCAGUAUCACCAGUGAUGGACCGGUCCGAGUCCUAGAGGACCCAGAUAACCAGCUGCAGCCCCGCCCCCGUUUUAUUAAGGGGAAGCGCGUCUCUGGUGGUCCCCAGAUGUUACAGUUAAGUUUGGAUGGUCAAAGGCUAUAUGCAACUACGUCACUCUACAGUGGCUGGGACAAACAGUUCUACCCUGAAAUGGUCCGGGAGGGGUCGGUAAUGAUGCAAAUCCACGUGGACUCCCUCAAGGGGGGUCUAACUCUCAACGAGAACUUCCUUGUGGACUUCGGCAAGGAGCCCGGUGGUCCGGCACUGGCUCAUGAGCUGCGGUACCCGGGAGGAGACUGCACAUCUGACAUCUGGCUGUGACCCCAAACAUUCGCUGCUUCUUCUAAAGGGUGCCUGCCAGUCAAAUUUGAUCUGUGCUUCCAAUUUGAAGCUCAUCACAUGGUUUUGUCUGAAUGUUAACAACCCAUGCGUGAUUGUAAAUGCAAAUUCAAAAGACUUGAUGAUGAUUAUCGUGAUCUUACUAAGAGAGCAGCAGCACUGGGGCCCACGGUUGUACUUGGUACAAUAAAUGUGUGUCGCCCCAAAAGGCCUGU